GCUCAGCCGGCGGGAGGAUGAGUGACAGGCGGUCCACCGCACGUCAAAUUCUUUUCACUACCCCUGUCGAAGGAGCGAGGUACCCCGGGGAAGAUGUGUAUCGACAGUGCGGACGGAGCCGACUGGAGCUAGCGAGAGUUUGGAAAAGUUACCGCCCGCUUAAUUGCGCCGCUGAGGUGUGAGGUCGUCCGGGGUUCGGACUGGAGCAGGUGUCCUCUCUUCUUCGGACAACUCGUCUUCGAACUCCCGGAUUUAAUUUUUAUACCCCCCCGUGAGCCCUCCUUUCGGAGGCAUGUUGUGGACACGGUGGCUCGUCUUGCUGCUCUGCUGGUGGGGGGCCGUCAGCGCCACCACCACGGCCGAGAACGGCCAAUAUGAGCUGGCCCAACAGGGUGAGUCGAGAGCGGAACCUCACCGGCAGCGCUCGCCCCCGCCGGUGGAGCCGCUGGAUUUCGGCUUCGUCCCGGCGGCGGUUUAUGACACCCACGCGUACUACGAGCCCGGAGCCAUCGGGAUACUCUUCCAUAUGGUCCACGCUUUUCUCUACGCGGUCCAGCCCAAUUCCUUCCCCAAAGAUUUAAUUGUUAAAGUCAUUCAACAAAAUAUGGGCGGAAUCAAAUUUCAUGAAUGGAGAAAGCCAGACAACGUCGUCCUUCUUCUCGAGGGGUCAUACUACGAGUUGGGCUUCCUGGUGUGCGCGACCAUCGGCGUUUUGUUCGUGGUCCUGGUUCCCCUGGUGGGCAUGUGCUUCUGCGUUUGUCGUUGCUGCGAGAAUUGCGGCGGAGAGAUGCACCAGAGACAAAGGAAAAACGCCGACUGCCGCCGAGGCUUCUUCACCGCCACGCUUAUCGCCACCACCACCUUUAUCAUUCUGGGGGUGCUCGUGGCCUACGCAGCCAACUACAACAUGAGCUCCCACAUCAAGAACACUCGGCGGUUGAUCAACACCAACAUCAGAGACUUGAAGACGUUCGCCAACAACACACCCGCGCAAAUCGAAUACAUGACAGCGCAGUACACAACGGCCAAAAAUAAAGUCCUGUCCGAACUUGACAAUAUUGGACCUUUGCUGGGCGGGAGGAUUCACAGUCAGCUGGAGAAGGAAGUGGUUCCCUCGCUGGACACGGCCCUGCGUAUGGCAGGAGCCAUGCGUGAGACAAAGGAGGCCCUGGAGAGCGUCAGCUCCUCACUGCAAGUCCUCCAAGAAGGCACAGACCAGCUCAAGGACAGUCUGUCCACCGAACGAGCUUCUCUGUCCAACACCUUGUCGGACCCGGCCUGCACCAACGGCGCCGUGUCGCCGAGCUGCAACGCCAUCCGCUCCUCGCUUUUCCAGCUCGGCAUCAACGCUGACUUUUCAAAGCUCCCAGAUGUCGACUACGCCUUGGAGAAUGUCAACACGGUCCUGAAGACAGACCUAAGCAACAUUAUUCAGAAGGGCUACUCGUCCUUCAAUGACACGCCGAGGCUGGUCAAAGAACAAACCAAAAACAUUGUAGCAGAGUUACCUCGAGUGAAAGGCAUGCUAGAUAAAAUCGGCAGCGAGAUCAACGGCUUCACCAAGAUGUUCCCCGUGGAGGCGUCGCUGGCCAACUUCACAAUCUUCCUCAAUCAGGGACAGAAGAACAUUGAGUCCUAUUUUGCACAGAUUGACCAGCUCGACUUCUACAGGUGGAUUGGCUGCGUGGCAGUGCUGUGCACGGUGGUCCUCAUCCUGUCCUUCAACAUCCUGGGUCUGCUGUGCGGCACAUGCGGUUACGACAAACAGGCCACGCCAACUACCCGCGGCUGCCUGUCCAAUACGGGCGGGAACCUGCUCAUGGCCGGCGUAGGCUUCUCCUUCAUCUUCGCCUGGGCGCUGAUGGCCAUCGUCACCGCACUGUUCCUCAUUGGGGGCAAUGUGGAGAAGCUGCUGUGUGAGCCGCUGGCCAGCCGGCAGCUGUUCCAGAUCAUAGACACACCUUUCCUGGUCCAUCCGGCCAAGAAGAACUUCCUCCCUGGAAUGCUUUUUCAGAACCCAAACAUUGACUUAACUUUGGGGAGCAUGUACAGGGAGUGCUACGAUAACAACGGCCUGUAUCACGCCCUGCAGCUUGAGACCAUGUUUAACAUCAACUCCUUCCUCAACAGAACAGUGUACAACAAGGACCUGGCCAAAGUGUUUGACAGUGUGGAGGUAGACCUCCAGGACAUCUCGCUGCUGGAGCAGGCGGGCAGGGACAACCUCAUCAAUUUUGCCAACACGGGCAUUGGAAUCAUCGAUUAUGAAGCAUACCUGGCUGAGGUCAACAAGGGAAUCACGCUCGUUGAUCUUCUGACGUUUGCUGCUGACCUGGAGGGGCAGGCUGACCAGCUUCCACGUGGCGCUCUGGAGAACGCGCUGAAAGGUCACGCUAGCAGUAUCCGACAGAUUCACAGAGAACUGGUGGUCCCCAUGGAGCAGGCCAUGAGCACCUUGAAUCAAAGUAUAAAGCUGCUGCAGAAAACCUCCAGCGACCUGCCGGUGAAGGUGACCAACAUCCUGAGCGCCCUUGAUGCUUCCGAGUACCUCAUCACUAACAAUGCCUCACAUGUGGUCAAGCAGGAAACCAAAAACUAUGUCCAAAGCUUAGUGGGUUACUUCAAACAGUACACAAACUGGGUUCACGACUCUCUGAUUGCAGAGGUGGCUCAGUGUAAACCCAUCAGCAACAUUGUGGACAGCAUGGAGAUUGUCGCAUGCAGCUUCAUUGCCGACUCAGUGAAUACCUUCUGGCUUGGACUGGGUCUCUCCAGCAUCCUCCUGCUCCCCAGUAUCAUCAUCUCCAUCAAACUGGCCAAAUACUACAGAAGGAUGGACACAGAGGACGUGUUUGAAGAUAGCUCCCCCUAUAGUGACACCCUGUUCCGAUUCCCUCGAGCCUCGGCUCCCUCAAUCUGCGUCGACUGCUGAUUCAAAAUGGAGGUCGUCUCCUCCGUAACAAGGUCAAAGUGGACAAGACAACUGGAACUGAAGCACCGAUCAUCGUGAGUGCUCGUUUCAUCUCCUCAUUUUAAUUGAAGUCCCAAACUCAACAAAGGCAAGCAAGAAAGCCCAAUUUAUUAACUGUUGGGGAUUCUCGACGUCGGCACCCCUUCUUCGCCCAAGGUAACUCGACAUUACAGAUUUCCUCUUCACGGUUUUGGAUGAUCCCGCAACCAAAAGGGGGGAGAAAAAUGUCAACAAACAAGCAGGAACUCUUGAACUUGCCAGACAACUCAUAUAUAUUUAUCCAAAGCUAGCUGAGCAUGUUUUAAUUAACCUAACUUUCCUGCGUAGUUACUUCCAUCUCUCUACUCUCAGUCACACACAGUCACAUGGACACAUGUACAUUUUUUAUAUAUUUUUUGUUAAUGUUUGUUUUUCUAACAUAUGUAUAGCAUUUUUUUUUUUUGGUAGAAUUAGCCUUGUUUUUCUCGUGAUAGCAUCGAUAGCUAGCAUGGUUUGGGCUCGAUAAUGUACAUCAUGUUUUGUAAUAUAAAAAAAAUUAUAUAUUAUAAAUUAUUUAUAUAUACAUAUAUAUAAUUUGACAAUUGGAGAGAAUCUGUUGGUAUAUUUAUGUACCCAUGGUCCAUUGUAAUGUUUUCAGAAAAUUGAAAAGAUAUUUUUUACAGCAGCUUGUGAACUGCUUUUGCCCAACUUCCAAGAUCAUGCAAAACUAAUCCGACAGAAAAUAGUAAAAACUGAUGAAGUCAACUCGUGAGCUAUUUUCCCCUGAUGUUUCUAAGCUAAUGCUAAGCUAACAGGAAAAGAAAAAUAUGGUAUUUCCCACAAAAAUGAAAUAACAUCACAAAAGAGUUAAUAAUGCUCUGUGUAUGUAUGCGUGGGGGGGGGGGGUCUUUUCUGGCGGUAUGGAGGGGCCAAACCCAAGUCCCAGUGUGUGUGUGUGUGUGUGUGUGUGUGUUUAGAGGUGGGUUCAAAUCUAUGAAUAAAAAAUCCAACAAGU